GCUGGUGUUGCGGGAACUGCCAAACACUCAAAUCGACAAACUAAAAGAAAGGGACGUUCAACAAGUGUUUGGCUGAGAGAGUCACCAACGUCGAGUCUUUUAUGCGUCUGUGUUCCCAUUGGCUGAUGGAGUGGAAAGUACCAGUAUGUCUCGCCGACUGACUAAGAAAGAGUUGGAUGAGCAGUUUGAGCUGUUUUUGAAGGAGUCUGUUUCAGAUGACUCGGUGGAUUUGGGCGGCUCUGACAAGCAGUCCGAUGCUAAAAGCAGUCAGAAACCAACAGUGUCUUGGUGGCAAGAUGAUGAACACAGCGGUGGAGGAACAGGGAGAGAGACGGCCAGAAGCAGAUUUAUCAAAACCAAAAAGUCUCAGCCUGAAAACAACAAUGUGGUCAGUGCUGAGCCCUUUUAUAAGCCGGUCCCCAAACCUCGCUGCAAAGCUGUUGAUAAACCAAUUCAAUUGGACCAGACCCACAAAGCUACAGUUUUGGAGGUUUCCCAAACUGUGAAGAGACACAGAACUCCAUCCUAUGGCUUAUGCUCUGACAGUCAGAGCAGUCCAACUCAUGAAAACCUCCAGUGUGUGUCAGGAGAGAGGAGCCCUGAUGAGACACACUCUGAUGACACUCCACCAGCCAGCACUGAUAGUCAUUCCCAGGGGGACAGUAAUGACGGACUGCUGGGAUCUGGGAAGACUUUCAGAAAGUCUUUGAGGAAGUCUCAGUCCAUUCAAGAGGAGGAUGAGGAUCCAGGAGACACUGGUUUGAAAGGAGACAGGCUGACAGCAGCUGUUCUCAGCAGUGACAGUAUUGAACAGGACUCAGUGAUGGUACCAGCAGAGAACACGACCAAUAUUGGCUUGGACACUAUAGAGGAAGAAGAGGAGAAAGCCAGGUUCUUUGCCCAACUAGAGGCAGGGGCUUUAUCAACUAUAGAUUACUCCAAGCUAAACAGAGAGCUGGACUCAACAAGUUCUACCAUCGAUACCAAACUCAGGAAAGCUGAGGAAGCAGUGGAGCAGAGUGAUGAUGAUCAAAGGAAGGCCAGAGUCACAGAGACUGUCAGAGAGUCUCCAGCCUUGACAGGAUCUCCACAUUACAGUGAGGAUUUUGAUGAAGAGGAGAAUGGAAAAGAGCCACUGCAGGAGAAGCCUAAAAUGUCUCCAAUUCUUGCCAAAGUUUCUCUGCAUGAUUCCCUGGAUGACACCGGUGGAGAAGACAAAGGAAAGGACACAGCAGGGUCUCUGGACAGAGGCCAGUCAUAUGUGCAGAGUGGAGGCUCAGAGAUGGAGGCUCUCCGUGAAGCCUACAGACAGAUCCAUGUGGUGGAAGAUUCAGAUGACCAUAAUCACCAUUAUUCGUCUCUGGAAGGGAAAGGAAGAAUAAACAGACCUGUGUCUCCAUCCUCUCCUCCUCAACAUGCCAGACAGUCUCUUCAGCCUGUUUCUACCAAUGAGUCAGAGCUACCCACUGCAGAGGAGCUAAUGAAACCCAUCCGACCAGAGAGGGACCAUAUCAGAGGCUUCAGCCUCCAGCCUGUCAGUGCUGUAGGUCUUCAUCAAGAAAAGACAUCCAGCUUCAUGGAAACAAGUUUCCCAGAUGUGACUUCUCCAGAGUCACAACUGAAGAGACCAGAAAAGGCUGAACCUGCUGCAGGGAUAAAGGGAGCCAGAGGAUUGACUAGCCACCCAUCCAGCUCCCCAGAGCCUCUCAACCUGACAUGGAGCAUCAGACAGGAAGUAGAGAGGCUGAUGCAGGAUCAGGACAAAUGUUCUUCUUCCACAUCCUCUCAGGCUGAUAAAGCUAAGAAACAACAGGUCUCCCGUGGCUCCACUUUUUCUCAUUCCUCUACAUCUUCAGUGAGGAAACCCACUGUGGCUUCUGUGAGAGGCAGGAGAGUGGAGGGGAGGGCAGCAGUGACCUCCAGAUUGUCAGGGCUGAGUAGAACUGCUGCUCCAGCCAAAACCCAUUCUUCUGUUUCCCGUCCUCUACAGCAGCCACGAGAGAAAAUCAAUGUCACAAAGACCCAAGAAAAAGAGGACUACACAGCAGAGGCGGGUCUGAAGGUGAGCAGUGAGCUGGUGGCAUCUGUUCAGUCCUUAGUGGCUGUCCUCCAACAGCAGAUAGACACCAGCAGUCACCAGGAUGUUACAGACACAGAUGCUAUAGUCAGAGGUCCCCAAGAAACCAGACUGAUGCAUCAUCUGCCUGAUAACAAUAGGGAGCAGGAGAGUUCUCUGGUGGAGGAGCUGAGAGUCCAGCUAGCUCAGAGAGAGCGGGAGCUGCAGAUAAUGAAAGAAGGUGCAGAGGAGCUCAACUCACUCAGGCAGCAGAACUACCUGCUGCAAAGCAAGCUGCGAAGUGCAGAGGAAGCCAGUCAGAAGAAGAGAUGGGCCGAGGCCUCUGACUCUGCCACAGAGGAAAAGCUCCGACAGAUUGAUAAGGAAAUAAAAGAGCAGGAGACGCUCAUAAAAGGUUACCAGCAGGAGAACGAGAAGCUGUAUUUGCAGAUGAAAGCUCAGCAGGUUAAGAGUAAAGCCAACGAGGAGGCCAUGUUUAAUGAAAACCAGAGGCUGCUGAAUGAGCUGGCUUUCACAAGGGAGCAGCUGAAUAAAACCUCAAGGCCCAUAAGAAGUGUCUGCUUAAUGGAUCACACCCAAAGAAUUACAGACUUGUUAGCUCAGAUAAAAACAUUUGAGAGCAAUGAGGCCCAGCUGUCUGAGGACAUUCACAGACUGAAGCAGGAGAAGCAGGCUCUGGAGGUCGACCUGCAGCUGAUGAAAAAAGAGAGGGACCUGGCUAAAGCUCAGGCCAUGUCUGUCUCAGGUGACAAGAGUUUUGAGAAGUGUGUAUUGGAGGAUAAGCACAGAGAGGAAGUGACGGCCCUGAAGAAGAAGCUGCAGUGGUUUGCUGAGAACCAGGAGCUGCUGGACAGAGACGCUGGCAGAUUGAAAGCUGCUACAGCUGAGAUACGCCGACUCAACGAGCAGGUAGAAAAACUGAAAAUGGAUGUGGGCAGACGAAGCACUGAGCAGCAGAGAAAAGCCAAAGAGAAAACAUCAGACACUAAGAGGAUGCAGGACCUGGAGCGACAGGUGAAAGAGCUGGAGCAGAUACUAAGACGAAGAAACCCAAACUCCCUGCCUGCUCUGAUCUACGCUGCAGCCACGGCUGGCAGUCAAGAAGAUGUGUCUGCCAAAACGGCCCCACCCAGCAGGAUCAACACCCUGCUGGAGCGCAGGAUUCAGCGUCUGGAGGCUGAGCUGGAGGGUCAUGAUGAGGAGGCCAAGCGCAGCCUACGAGCCAUGGAGCAACAGUUCCACAGGAUCAAGCUUCGCUAUGAGCAGCAGAUCUCAGAGCUGGAGCAGCAGCUGCAAGCAGCAAACUGUGGAGUUGGGAAUGAGCCAUGGACAUCACAGGUUCAAACACUGGAGGAAGAGCUGCAGCAUGUGAAGGAAAGCCAUCAAGAGAAAGAAAAUUCCCUCCAGGACCAGAUUGAGUCUCUCCAGCAGCAGCUCAAACACAAGGCUCAACCAAGUCCAGGCCGACAUCAGCAUCAGGCAGAGGCAGCGUUUGGUGCCCGGAUAGAGCGGCUGAACCAAGACCUUGCCUCCAAGACACGGACCAUUCAGGAGCUGUCCCGCACUGUGGAGAGACUGCAGAAGGAGAGGAGGAACAUGUUGUCUGUUCCCAACCCACGACCAGAUACCCGUUCUACAGAGACCAAACGACAGCCAGGCCCCGCCAAAACACUCUGCUCUGCUACUGCAGGAGAGACACACGGAGAGGAAGAAACAUUUCCAGCUGCUCAGUAUGAGAAGACCUACCAGCCCACUGUCUUUACAGGCAGUCAUAUCUCAGAGGUUCAGCAGGAGAACGAGGCUCUGAAGCAGCGCCUGGAGCUGCUGGAGCUGCACAGUGAGCAGGAGAGGGACGCAUUAAAGGCUGAUGCUCAACAAGCCAGGGAGGAGCUGUGCAGGCUAAAGGAGCGCUCUGCAGAGCAGCUGUCCUCCAUGAAAGCAGAGCACCUCAGGGAGUUAGACCAGCUGCGUGCCACCCAUGCCCUGGAACACUCAUCCUCAAAGGUUGCUGAACUGGCCAAUAAGCUCAGCACUCAGGAGAUUGUCAUGAAACAUUUGCAAGACCAGCUGAAAGAGCUGCAGGGAGCUAAAGAGGCACUGGCAAUAUCCAGGACCCGAGAGGAUGCUCUGCAGAAGCAGCUAACCCGACUGCUGAAGGAGCUGAAGGAAGCUAAAGAAGCUCAGAGCCCAGAGGUGAAACUCCUGUGUAGUCUGGAGAGGAAGAUCUUCAACAUGGAGCUCAGACACCAACACAGAGAGAAGGAGCUGCAGCAGGUGAUUGGCGGAUCGUGGCAGACGUUGGAGGCUGAUCAGGAGUCAGAAGUGGAGACCUGGAAGCGUCUGGCUCAGGACAAGAGCAGAGAGUUGGAGGCUUUCCGUCAGGAGCUGGACUCCAUCUUGGACAUCCUGAGACAUCUCCAGAGACAGGGUGUAGUCCUCCCCACUCCUGACCCCUCCAUAACAGCCCCCCUCACCCAAAGGACUUAAUACACACGAGGUUUGACUAACGCCUGUUUGUGAAAGCUCAUGCUGAUAAUUGUGUGUUGAAGCCAAAGAUAGACAACGUAAGCUACAAUCGAUGUCUCAGCUGAGCUUUCCUUCCACAGCCAGUAGAAUAAUUCUCAGUAUGCCACAUAUUAGAGAUACACAGCUGCUUUCAUCAGCUAAACUUAUUAAUACAUACACACAGAAAUAAAGGUUUAAUAUAUUUACUUUUUGUUGCUGAAGCCAAAACACAAAAUGUCUCUCUACACAUGUACCUGUGUAAUUGUGUGUAUAUUUUGUAGCUAGUUUCUAUUUUUCAUUUAUUUAAAAUUUUGUAACUUAUUUAAGAUGUUGUGAAAAUAAAAAAAAAUUAAAAAAUCAAGUCUGAACUAUCAUAAAUUUUACUCAGAUACUCCCUUUAUGAAUUCUGC